CUGAGCUCCCAACAGCUACGACCCUACGCUUCUCACAAGAACUACAGCUUCCUUCUUCUUCUUCUGUUCCUUUUAGUUGAGCGAGUUGUUGAUUUGACUUUGGGGAUAAUACUAGUGACGGAAUGUCUGCGCAGAACUCGGCCGGUAUCCAGACUCUCCUCGAUGCUGAGAGGGAGGCGAGCAAGAUUGUCCAGAGGGCUCGAGAAUUCCGCACCAAGCGCGUCAAGGAAGCCCGCGACGAGGCCAAGCGGGAAAUCGCCGAAUACAAGGCCCGCAAGGAAGACGAGUUUAAGAAAUUCGAGGCCGAGCACAGCAAGGGCAACGAGGCCGCUGAGCAAGAGGCCAACAAGGAGGCCGAGAAGCAGAUUGAGGUGAUUAAGCAGGCGGGCGAGAAGAACAAGGCUACGGUGGUGAAGCAUUUGCUGGAUGCCGUGUUUGAGGUGAAGCCUUUGCCUGCGUGAUUUUGU